UUGGUUAUUCCUCUAAACUGUACAGAGAUGAUGUUAAAGCCGUUGAAAUAGACAAAGGACAGCACCUAAUUCCCUGGGUGGGGGAAAAUGGUGAUGUGAAAAUUGACAGGUACGACGUUAGAAGUUACGUUGACAACCUAUCUCAUCGUGAAACAGGACACAUGGGCUGCACUCUUUCAGUGGAGGACCAAGAAAUAGAAGAAAUGUGUGAUGAAGAACGGUACAGAGCUUUGCUUUACGAUGAACAAGAGCGAGAAUUAUAUGAAGAGGAGAAACAAAAACGAUCAAAUCAAUCCUUUAAUAAAGCUGGUGUUUACAGUCAAGUCCCUUAUCAUUACGAUAGUUUGUGUUCUAUUUCUGACACUGACAGAGACACAAAGUUAAGAAAGACUAACUCUAUUCUUAAUUUACCAUCAAACAUCGUCGAACCAGAUUCAGAUAGUAUGAAGGCAAUUAUUGAGAAAACCGCAGAAUGUGUGGUAAAACAUGGACGGCAGAUGGAAAUUCUGAUUUAAAAAACUCGGCAAGCCCAGAAUGAAAAAUUUUUGAUUUUUUAA